AUCAUGCCUAAGCAAGUGGAGGUGAGGAUGCACGAAAGUCACCUGGAGCCCAUCGAGGCCAGGCCCAGGAACAAGUGUAUCAGCUGCUUCUCUUCUCUUUUCAAGAACCUGCUGCUCACGCUCACUGUACUCGGUGUGAUUCUGGGGGCUGUGUCUGGGAUGCUGCUUCGUUAUGCCUCUCCCAUCCACCCAGACAUUGUCAUGGUGAUUGCGUUCCCUGGAGACAUCCUGAUGAGGAUGCUGAAGAUGUUGAUCCUGCCUCUCAUCAUCUCCAGCUUAAUCACAGGUCUGGCUGGUCUAGAUGCCAAGUCUAGCGGUCGUCUGGGCACCAGGGCAAUGGUCUACUACAUGUCCACCACGGUGAUUGCUGCAGUGCUGGGAGUCAUCCUAGUGCUGGUCAUACACCCUGGAAACCCCAAGAUGAAGGAGCAGCUGGGAGAUGGCCAAAAGCACGAUGAUGUGUCCAGCCUGGAUGCCUUCUUUGACCUCAUCAGGAACCUGUUCCCUGAGAACCUGGUGCAGGCCUGCUUCCAGCAGAUCCAAACAGUCACUAAGAAGGUGGAGAAGGUGAUUGAGGAAGACAUCAAUGCCACCACCACCUUGGAGGGCCUCCUGUCCAACGCCACCAAGGAGCCUGAGUUCAUCAUCAAGAAGUCCCUCCAGUUCAAGAGUGGCAUGAACGUGUUAGGAGUGAUUGGCUUCUUCAUUGCCUUCGGCAUCUGCAUGGGGAAGAUGGGAGAGAGGGCCAAGCUCAUGCUGGAGUUCUUCAACAUCCUCAACGAGAUUGUUAUGAACCUGGUUAUCAUGAUCAUGUGGUACUCUCCCUUCGGUAUCUGCUGCCUGAUCUGUGGUAAGAUCAUCUCCAUUGAUGACCUGGAGGUGGUUGCUAGGCAGCUGGGGAUGUACAUGGUGACCGUGAUCGUGGGCUUGAUCAUCCACGGAGCCAUCUUCCUGCCUGCCAUCUACUUUGCCAUUGUCAGGAAAAACCCCUACACCUUCUUCAUGGGCAUCUUCCAGGCCUGGAUCACUGCCUUGGGGACAGCCUCCAGUGCUGGUACACUGCCUGUCACCUUCCGUUGCCUGGAGGAAAACUUGGGCAUCGAUAAGAGAGUCACCCGUUUCGUGCUCCCUGUCGGCGCCACCAUCAACAUGGACGGAACCGCCCUGUACGAGGCCGUGGCAGCCAUCUUUAUCGCCCAGAUGAACAACAUCUACCUGGAUGCUGGUCAGAUCGUCACUGUCAGUCUGACAGCUACCCUGGCCAGUGUUGGUGCGGCCAGUAUUCCCAGUGCCGGACUGGUGACUAUGCUUCUGAUCCUCACUGCAGUCGGCCUGCCAACUCAGGACAUCAGUCUGCUGGUUGCUGUUGACUGGCUCCUGGACCGGUUCCGUACCUCGGUGAAUGUGGUGGGAGACUCGUAUGGCGCGGGUAUCGUGUACCACCUGUCCAAGGCUGAGCUGGAUGAGCUGGACGCUACACAUGGCAAGUCGGGCGACAUCGAGAUGAUGAACAAGACCUCGUCCUACUAUGAUGACCUCAAGAACCACCACGAAAACAACUCCAACCAGUGCGUCCAGUAUGCCGCUCACAAUUCAGUCUUAGUAGAUGAGUGCAAGGUAACCUUGGCCACUAACGGCUCUACUGCUGCGGCAGCCGUGGCGGAGCGCACACUUGUUGAGGAGGAACCCCGGAAACGUGAAUAA